AUGACAUCGCGAGGUCCUUCCUACGGCAUGGGCGUCGGCCCUCAGUAUGGCGCCUCUAACUCUUCCGGAGACGAUUCGAGUGCCCUCGAUGCCAUUCGGGCGCAGACGAGUAAGAUUGAGGAUCUCCUCGAUAGAGCUAGCGAGCCCAUCAAGCCCUUCCUUCCUGCCAUUGGCCGUUUCCUUAUCGUCGUCACCUUCCUCGAGGAUACCCUUCGCAUCUUCACCCAAUGGAACGACCAGCUCAUUUAUCUCCACGAUUUCCGCCGCAUUCCCAACGGCCUCACUCACCUCUUUCUUCUCGUCAACAUGAUCGCCAUGAGCGUUUGCUCUACCCUCGUGAUCAUGCGCAAGCACUCCGACUACGCUGUAGCUGGCCUCAUGGCCGUUGUCGUCAUCCAGGCUCUCGGAUACGGUCUCAUCUUCGAUCUCAACUUCUUCCUCAGGAACCUCUCCGUCAUUGGCGGUCUUCUCAUGGUUCUCUCCGACUCGUGGGUGCGCAAGACUAAGGCCUUUGCCGGUCUUCCCCAAAUUGAUGAGAAGGAUAGGAGGAUGUACUUCCAGCUUGCUGGCCGCGUCCUUCUCAUCUUCCUCUUCAUCGGCUUCGUCUUCUCUGGCCAGUGGUCCCUCUGGAGGGUCUUUGUCUCCUCCCUCGGUGCUCUUGCCUGCAUCAUGGUUGUUGUCGGCUUCAAGGCCAAGUUCAGCGCCACCCUUCUCGUCGUCAUUCUCAGCAUCUUCAAUGUCCUCGUCAACAACUUCUGGACCCUAUCCGAACUCCACCCCCACAAGGACUUUGCCAAGUACGACUUCUUCCAGAUCCUCUCCAUCGUCGGUGGUCUUCUCCUCCUUGUCAACAGCGGCCCCGGCCAAUUCUCCAUCGAUGAGAAGAAGAAGGUGUAUUAA